UAUGAACGAACUAUGUUUUCAACCUGCAAUGGGUUCGGAAUCCGUGUGGGUGACGUUUAAUUAUUAAAUGUGAUUAUUUAUAUAAAUGGAGUAAUAAUUUGUACAUUUGUAUAGUGUUAAGUGUAAUAAUUCAGUAUACAUAAUAUAGUAUAUCAGUUUUUAUCAAACAUAUUGUUCAUGAGUAAGAAAUAAUGUCUUUUGAGUACUUGCCCGUGGCUGAGGAUGAAAACGAAGAGCCCAUUGAGCUACCAAUCGAAGAAGAUGGGACUUUGAUGUUGACCACCGUGUCCGCGCAGUUCCCGGGCUGCUGCGGUCUAAAAUACCGACACCCGGAGACUAAAAAUAUCAGGGGCAUUCGGCUGAGAGACGGCCGACUGUACCCGCCGCCCGAGGGCUGGGGCAGCCUGCUGUACGUGUGCAGCUUCCCCAAGGAGAGCAAGCGCAAGGCGGGCGCGGCCGACGACGGCGCGGCCAAGAGCAAGCGCAGCGACACGCUGUGCUCCGACCUCAUCGUGCUGGGCCUGCCCUGGAAGGCCACGGAGCAGACCGUGCGGGAAUACUUCGAGAAAUUCGGUGAAGUGCUGAUGGCGCAGCUCAAGAGAGAUCCAAAAACCGGAAUGUCGAAAGGAUUCGCCUUCAUUCGCUUUGCCACAUAUGCAUCUCAGAUGAGAGUGUUGGCCCAGAGGCACAUGAUAGACGGCAGGUGGUGUGACGUGCGGAUACCCAACUCCAAGGAGGGCUCGGUGACGUCCAUGCCAUGCAAGGUGUUCGUCGGCCGCUGCACGGAGGAACUCUCUGCUAUCGACUUAAGAGAAUACUUUUCUCAGUUUGGGGAAGUAACUGAUGUUUUUAUUCCAAAACCAUUUAGAGCUUUUAGUUUCAUCACAUUUCUUGAUCCUGAAGUGGCCCAAAGUCUCUGUGGUCAGGAUCAUAUAAUCAAAGGAGUGUCUGUUAAUGUGUCCAAUGCUUCUCCUAAACAAAACAAGAGUGGAUCCAACCAACGGAACCUGCCCAGCAGAAACUAUGAUGAAGGCCAUCCUCAUAAUGCUUCCAACAAUAACUCAUGGAGCAGCCGCAACAUGGACAUGGUGAACAUGCAGGCGCUGGGCAUCUCCGGCCAGCACGGGCAGACGGGAGUUGCAGGCGGCGGCGGCCAGGCACAGGGUGGCAGCAUGCCCCUCGGCAUGGGAGGCCUGCCCGUGAACCAAGCAUUGGUAGCGGCUGCAUUGAACCAAGCAGGAUGGGGACUCAUCAACAACAUACCAUCAGGAGGAUCAGAGCAGGGAGCCUUUGCAGGCCCGGGCUCCUCGGCCCCACCAGCCCCGCCCAACUUCUUGUCCUGGAUGCAACAAGGUAACUCGGCGCAGGGACCGUCUAGUCAGUGGGGACAGCGCCACCAGUCCCAAGGUCACUCGGUCUGAUCCUACAUUUGAAUACCAAGCUCAGAAUAAUCUCUGUGAUUGUAGCAACAAUUAGAUAAAUUAUCACUGGUUUUUAUCUAGAAACGGGUUGUUUGGUUGGCAGAGUGAUAUACAUACAUGGUUUGCUACUAAUGUUAUUUAUUUAUUAUGAAAUUUGCUUGUGUUUUGUUGAUUUCUUGAAACCUUUAUGGAGUGGUGUAAUAGAAUGUAAAUGAUGGAUCAGACAUACAUAUUAAAAAUAGAUUAUGUAAUUGUUGUUAUAUUUCAAUGUAUGAUUGUCUUCUAAUCUUUUAUCUUGUAGGUAAUUAAUCUUUGAGUUCUUUUUGUGCUUUGCAUUGGAUAACAUUUUCUUGACUUAGGUAUUUCUUUUAAUGUGUUGUUAAUUUUUAAUACAGUUUGUUCAGGCUUUGGUGUUAUAGCUUAUAAAUAUAUUUGUUCCAUUUCCGAAAUUAUAUUACAGUGUGCUACUUUCUCGUCAAGCCUUUGACCAUUGUCUUGUCAGUACACAUACUAUCUUUUCAAACAAACUUUUUAAAACAUUGCAAUGAUUGUAAUUUAAUUUUAAUUAAGUAAUAGAUAGUAUCAUGGUGUCUACUUGUAUACCAAGAAAGCCAGAAGAUAAACUAGCAUGAAUAUUUUUUUAUUAUUACUAUUGUUUAUAAAUUAACCCAUCUACUUAGUUGAUAUUUAUAUGUAAUUAAUAAUUAUGUAGAACUAACUAUACAUAAUACAUGGUAUAUUGUAUAGGAAAUAGAUCUUUACGCAUCUUUAUUUUUUUAUGAAUUGAAUAGUAAGUACCCAACAUACCUAUAUGUAUGUUAAUUUACUUACAUAAUUACAGUUCUAAAUUAUGUUUGUAUGAAUAUCAACUAAGUAUUUAAAAGCUGGUCAGGAUUAAUUAGGUAACACUAUGUUGACAUUUAAGAAGUUUAACUAAAAGCGAUUUGGUGGAUUAAAUAUACAUAUUUUUAUAUUUUCAAACUUAUUUGACAUAAUUUAAACUAUGAUAGCAAUCAUUAUAAACUAUGUAAAGCAGUAAAAACACCAUAAGGAUGUCGGUGCCCAAAACAAAGAACUAUAUUAUGCCUAAAUUAAGUAAAACAUAUAUAUUUGUAUGAUCAAUAGUAUUUGCCCACAGUUGCCUCCACAGUAAACUAGAAAAGUAAUGUUGUGUCUAUACAUGAGCAAUUUCACUUGUUUAGUAUAAUGUAGCUAAUAUUCAAUUAAGUUUUUAACAUAAAAGAUUUCAUAGGUACUUAGAGAUACCCAGAAUAUAUUCAUUGUUAUCAAUUGUUUAUCAAUAAUGUUAAAGAUUGUAAAUUUAUGAUGCAAUGUGCAUACUUCCUCAAUAUCUAUAAUAUCUAAUAUAAACAUAGAUGAAGGGAGUUUAGAUACAAAAUCUAUUUUUGAAAGAUUUAAUUUCAACAUUUUUCUUAAAGGUAAUUAAUUUGAUUUGUGAUUUGUUUUUGAAUGGGUAGAUGUAGAGUAAAAAUUAAGCACCAACUUGGAAAUAUGUAAAUAGAAAUAGAACAAAAUGGUGAUGUUUGUACAAAAUUCAAGACUGUAUGUAUUAAUAUUCAAGUAUAUGUUAAUUCAUUAAUCUGAAAUAGAUUGAAGUAAACGAAUGGUGCAAGGUGCAACUCAUAGUUCUGUCGCUGUAGAUACCUUGUAUCGAGUGUAGAUAUGUGUCCACGACGCAUCUAUGUAAAAUAGUAGAAGAGUAAUACAUAAUUGAUUGAUGUACAUAGAGAGAGAUGUGUUUGAGCAGUAGUCAUCAAGAUUUUGGGAUAUAUUAUUGUGAAUUCAUGUAUGUAUUUGGUUUCGUCUUGGGCUCCGUUUUAUUGUGUUUUCCUUGUUAAAAAGUCACUUAUUUAUUAUAUGUAGGUAUUACCUCUACCUUUUGUUGAUCGUAAAAAAGACUUGGUCCAAAUGUAACGCACAACAUGGUUUUUCUGUGAGUAUCAGGCCGGUGUUACUAGGUGGCGUUACGUUUACCUUACUAACUGAAUGUAUGGCGUGGGAGAGUCGCCACCUAGCGGCACACACGCCGCAACCUCGGCGUCAUACAAAUUCACGUGUGUUAGGUUUCACUGCUCGACCGGUGAGAAAAACUGUUACCAGGCUUGCUGAGGGCCUCCUAUGAUUGCUAAAUUGCUAAACAGGAUUUAUAUAAUAUUACAAAACAUUUUUCAAGGGAUAAUACCUAUGUACGAGGGUAAAAGCUGGUAUAGGUAUAAAAAUUGCUUGAUUUUGUUUUAUUAACUUAUGGCUGUUUGUUGUUUUGGUUCUAAUUUAUGUUUGCCUUAGUAAUGUGUGUUAUUGUAUUGUAUAAUUAUAUUUAAUAAUAAAAGUGGAAAAAAAUAUAUAAAAUAUAAAACCUGUUACCUAAAGUCAAUUUAGUGAAGUUAUUGAAAUGGCAUACCUAGUUUUAAUUUUUUGCCAAUAAGUUAGAUAAAUUAAGAUAGGAGUGCACUCAACAGGUGCGCCUGGGGGUGUGGUGGCGCCACCGUCGCGCCCGCCCCCGCGCCCCGCCCGCCCCCGGGCACCCUGCUGUGUGUCCCAUUCUGCUGUACUUAUUGACAUAAUACCAUUACGAAAAUAUCUGCUAAUUGUUUUGAAUGUAUUUCUAUAUUUCAUGAAUGUGCAAUUGGAAAUAUGUACAGUCUAUCUAGGGUUAAUGGUUGGGUGUAUUUUAUUUAAUUACUUAGGUAAUAUUUCGCUGUCAUUAUUAUACUUAUUCAAAUUUUCAUAAUAUAAUACCUACUUAUUUAUUACAUGCCUACAAAUUGUUAUUCUGACUCGUUAACUUUAUGUCUGUUGUCAUCUUAGAGUAAUAUCUAAUGUUAAAAUUGUAUCGACGUUUAUAGGAUCCUAAAGGAAUGCCCACUCUAUUUUUAUCUGAGCACAGAUUGACUUUAUUAGAUAGGUAGAAACAGAUAGAGUUGCAUAUUUAUACUCAGCAUUCAUUUUGGAGCUAACUAAUACAACUGAUGCGAUUGUGUGUAAGUAAUAAAUUUGGUAAUUUCAAGUACUUCACUUACAGAAUACAUAUUUCUUGAUUUACCUCAUCCAUCGAAAUAUUCUACCUGCUAAUAUCGAAAUGGGCAUGAGACAAUAAAUGAAAAAUUGACGAUCAUGAAAAAUAUGUUAAAUAAAUCUAAAUAAUGUAAUAUUAUCUGCACCAAACUGAAUGCGAUAUGUUUCGGUACAUUCAAUCGUCCACGCACUCGCUCGAUGUAUCACGAGUAGUUAGUUUUAUUUUGUUGUGCCUUGCGUUUGUUUGGAGUCCCACAUCGUGGAUUCAAGUCACAUGUCCAUGUUAUGGGUCAACCUGAAAGAAUAGCAGCCCCUGUCUGCUAAUCCCAUGGUGUCGGUAUGAUCGUCGGUAGUUCACGCGUGAUAAAUAAAUGUGUUUUGUUGAGUAGCCCAUAGAUGUCGUUGUGGUGUGUUGCGCGAUCGUAGAUACUUUGAAGGCGUUGCUCAAAUGUAAGAGAGGUUGCUCCGACUGGUGGCUUCAGCCGGGCGGUAGGGUCAGCAGCUCGACGUGGAGCCCAAUGCUGACAGCAUCAGUACGGUCAGCUGCACAGCCCCGGCCGCAGCCCCCGGUCGGACCCACCCCGGGACCGCCGGCACUGCUGCACACACUGUGAUAAUAUCCGAUGUCCAUAUUUCCAAUGUUCACAAUAUAACUGCACCCCUCGUAGGUAAUGUACGCAUUCUGGUAAUUUUGCUGCUCCGUGAUAUUAAAAAUACUAAAUAUUUGCUAGACAGAUUCUAGAUAUUUAUACAUUUUACAUUGUAAUUGAGUGUGAAUAUUGACAUGAAUUCAUCAAAUAAAAGAUAUUUGGCGUUUAA